UCUGUUGCCGCAGUGAAGGAAACCCCUCUCUCCUCUCGGCUCUACGUAGCUCUGCCGCCUGUCCUUUUAUGGUGUGGGGAUACCCGCCGUCACGGCCGGAUGCUGCCCAUAUUUGGGCAGCUACGAAGCGCACGGCGGGGGGAAUCCCUCGCGCUGGUGCCGACCAAUAAGGCCGGUUCGGGAGUUACCUAGGAGACGGAGAGUAUAAAAGAGGCAGCGAGCGGAGGGAGUCCAGCAUCUUCAGCAUCACCGAGCGGACUAACGGAACUCACCGACAGCUCCGCUCACGGAUUCAUAAUAACGGGAUCUUUUUUUGAAUAUCUCAUCACAACAACCAAUCAGUAACGUGAUGCUUCUGGAGCGCGAGGACAGCUUUAUGUCGGAGUUUGAGGUCGCGUGCAGCGCCUGGGUGGACAGUGUGGGUUCGAGUCCCAGCGACGGAGCGGACUCUGACGUGGGAUCACCUUUCAGUCAAGUGUUCUCUCCGGGAGCUGACGCUUCUGACUCAGAUUUCUUCUCCGACUUCAGUGACUGCUCCUCGGACACCCUCUCGCCCUCGUUCGGCUACACCGGCAGCUUCUUCACCGAGCCGGAUCCGGUACCAGCAGCUGGACUGAGCAGCACUGCAGACGCGAUCCUCAACAUGAUCACAGAGAUCGUCGGGAUCUGCACCGAGAUGGAGCAGCAGGGCGACACUGCAGCAGCUGCAGCAGCAGCAGCAGCAGCAGCAGCAGCAGCAGCAGCAGCCUCCACCUCCGCUCAGCUCUACGCUCCAUCUCCAUGUCUGACUCCAAACUCUGAGCUGAGCGUCCCCCCCGCGGCCGCAGACCAGCCGCUGCCCCCCGCCUCUCACCCCGUGGUGGUGAAGAGUGAGUUUGUGAGCUCCAGCUGCAGCAGCGGCUGUGGACAGUCAGUGACCGGGAGUGAUGCUCUGUACCCGGGCUGCGCGGACUCUCUCCUCCCGCUCUCAGCUCUGGAGCAACAGGUGGAUGUUUCUGAUUUCAUCGACUCUCUGCUGAGCCUCGAGGCCGGUCAGGGUGAGCUGAAGGCCGGCUGUGAGAUCAAGCAGGAGCCGCUGGGGCUGGAGGAGUGGCUGAAGAGCCUGGCUGCUGCUCCGGUUACCGGGGGAGAUUCCACCAGCUACGUCAUCAGACCAGCCGUGAAGACGGAGCCCCUCCCCUCCACCCUGGACGCGCACCUCCUCUCCUCCCUCCUGCAGGGCGCGUUCCCGAUAGUCAACAUCGGCAACGUGCACGCGGCCGGAGCCCCCAAACUGUCACGUGGGGGCAGGAGAGCUUCCGGUCUGAAGGUGAAACCCUUCACGUGCUCCGUGCAGGGCUGCGAGCGCCGCUUCUCGCGCUCGGAUGAACUGAACAGGCACGUGCGCAUCCACACGGGACAGAAACCCUUCCAGUGCACCAUCUGCGCGCGCAGCUUCAGCCGCAGCGACCACCUGACCACGCACACGCGCACGCACACGGGGGAGAAGCCUUUCUCCUGUGAUGUGUGCGGCAAGAGGUUCGCGCGCAGCGACGAGAGGAAGAGGCAUGGGCGCGUGCACGUCAAGCAGCAACUGCGCGCUCAGAUGAUGGCCGCUUACUCCCUGGCCCUGAACGCGCCCGGAGUCUGAACGGCGGGAAACGGCCGUCGAGGCUGCUGUUAAGUCAACUUAAAGCUUCAGGAUUUGAACCGUCAACCAGGAAGCGUCAGAGAGACGUUUCCCUGUGACGUCACACUGAAGGCGAUUUUAGCUGAAGGCUGGAAGCUGAGCAGGUGUUUAAAGGUGUUCAGAGGACUCUCCUCUCGUGGCGCAUGCGUGUGUCUCAGUUCACCUGGAGGGGAGGUUUGAGGAGGGAGGAGUUCAGGUGUGAUCGUGGAGCAGCCGGGGUCCCUCCUCACCUGUCGGAGCUGCGUGCGCAGGUCUGACUGCAGGACUGUGUUUAAAGGAGCAGUCUGUGAAUCUGAAGGACGCUUUCAUGUAAAUUCUUGAUCUUUUUGAUUUGUCUGCAUGAGGACGUGAACAGUGAACAAACUGUGAAUGUGGACGUCAGAAUGUCGUGAUUCUGUUUUCACUCAGAUAUUUUUAUGUCAAACUGCUUUAUAUUUACGAGGAGCUCUAUGUUUGUAAAAUAUCUCUAUUUUUCUAUCUGUCUACCUCUAUGUGGCGCUGUUUCAUCAGAGUGUAGAUUUGUAAGACCAUUCAUGUGCAAUGAUGUCACUUUUCUAUGAACUGACUGAACUUUAUAUUUUUCAUUCUGAUGUUUCAUCGUGGUUAAAGAGCACAGGGAGAGCUGCAGUGAUGCAUUGUGGGAUACGCAGUUUAAACACAGCAGCUCAGUGUCUGUGCAGGUUGAUGUUCCUCGAUGUGCAUGAGGCUGCUGUCAAUAAACAAACAAACAAAAACAAUCA